GGCGACGUGAGCGCGCAGGGGGGCGGCGGCCUCGCCUCGUCUCCCUCUCUGCGCCUGGGUCCGGUGGGUGACGCCAAGCGCCGGAGAGAUGUCGGAUUUCGACAGUAACCCCUUUGCGGACCCGGAUCUCAACAACCCUUUCAAGGACCCAUCAGUUACACAAGUGACAAGAAAUGUUCCACCAGGACUUGAUGAAUAUAAUCCAUUCUCGGAUUCUAGAACACCUCCACCAGGCACUGUGAAAAUGCCUAAUGUACCCAGUACACAACCAGCAAUAAUGAAACCAACAGAGGAACAUCCAACUUAUACACAGAUUGCAAAGGAACAUGCUUUGGCCCAAGCUGAGCUUCUUAAGCGCCAAGAAGAACUAGAAAGAAAAGCAGCAGAAUUAGAUCGUCGAGAACGAGAAAUGCAAAAUCUCAGUCAACAUGGCAGAAAAAAUAAUUGGCCACCUCUCCCUGGCAAUUUUCCCGUGGGACCUUGUUUUUAUCAGGAUUUUUCUGUAGACAUUCCUGUAGAAUUCCAGAAGACAGUAAAGAUUAUGUACUACUUGUGGAUGUUCCACGCUGUAACACUCUUUCUAAAUAUCUUCGGAUGCUUGGCUUGGUUUUGUGUUGAUCCUACAAGAGGGGUUGAUUUUGGAUUGAGUAUCCUGUGGUUCUUGCUUUUUACUCCUUGUUCAUUUGUCUGUUGGUACAGACCACUUUACGGAGCUUUCAGGAGUGACAGUUCAUUCAGAUUCUUUGUAUUCUUCUUCGUCUAUAUUUGUCAGUUUGCUGUUCAUGUACUCCAAGCUGCAGGAUUUCAUAAUUGGGGCAACUGUGGUUGGAUUUCAUCCCUUACUGGCCUCAACCAAAGUAUUCCUGUUGGAAUUAUGAUGAUAAUCAUAGCAGCACUUUUCACAGCAUCAGCGGUCAUCUCGCUAGUUAUGUUUAAAAAGGUACAUGGACUAUACCGCACAACAGGUGCUAGUUUUGAGAAAGCCCAGCAAGAAUUUGCAACAGGAGUGAUGUCCAACAAAACUGUCCAGACUGCAGCUGCAAAUGCAGCUUCAAGUGCAGCAACUAGUGCGGCUCAGAAUGCUUUCAAGGGUAACCAGAUUUAGAGAACCCUCCAACAAUACACUGGUACCUUCUGACUGUACUUUUUCUCCAGUUACUGUAUUCUAUAAAUAUUUUUAUGUUCAAAACAGUACACACGGCAUGUAUAUUUCCUGUUCACUUGUGCAUGGGCUAAAACCAGAAAAACUUCCUUGUCUUAUUAUUUACCUAGCAAUUUAACAUUUUGGUGCCCCCUGCAGAAAAAAAAUCACAAAUAUUCUCCAUAUUUUUUGGGGGAUGAACGUUCAGCAAAUUAUUUCAGUGGUGACACACUGAAAUUAAUAUGGUACUUAUGAUUAAAAAUGCAUUUAGUACUAGCUGCAGUCUUUCAAGAAUCUUAGACUUAAGGAUUACAUAUUAGAGCAUUAAAGCGAUACUUCAUUCUGUUUUCCCCAUUUAUAUUGAAAGAAAUAGGCCAUCAGGGACUUAGGGAUUUUAAAAUUGGCUUGCUUUUUAGCAGUUUUAGUCACCAGUGAAGAGCCUGUGUGCAUUUUGUAGUGGAUCAUGUAAAUUUUAUCCUUUUAUUUUUGUUCCUUUUUUUCUUUUUUAGAGUAGUUGAUAUUUUGAUAUCAAUCUCUGAUCUUGCAUGGGCACCACAUUUCUUAAAAGAAUUCGUAUUUUGGCUUCUGCACUGCUUAUGGUUGUAGGAUUAGGGAGUUGCUGGUAGAAUCAAAGAUGUGGUUUUCUGCAGUAGUUUUUUUAAAUAAAAAUUUAUUGGGAUGCAAUUUGAGAACAUAGUAUGCAGUGCAUUAUCCAAAAAAGGGUAGAUAAUCAAUGAAAUAGAAUGUAGUAAUGAUAAUACUUUUUUUUUUUUAAUUUUCAGUAUUCGUAUCAUAGUAGAAUAUUACUGUAUGGAAACUGGUAUAUUCUUGUGGCUACUCAUUUUAACUGAAUUGAGAUUGUGUUUGGCAGCUCUUUUUUGGGGAGUGUGUGUGUGAUUUUUAACAGAGGUAUUAAAGUUAGACAAACUCCUUGUCCAAAAAGAACAUACAGUAUUUCAGGGAUUUUUCUUUUAGCCUCUCAUCUGUAGUGGGAUUAAAAAGAAAAAGACGCUGUUGUUUCACAUAUACUUGAAUCCCUAAUUCACCUCAGUCUUUCAAUUUUUGAGACAGACUGAACACAUUAAAAUUUU